AUGGGCGCGGGACGACUGCAGCAAUCGGCGGCUGGCACGUGGUGGUGCGGUAGCUGCAGCGGCGACGCACGGACAGCGACCGCCGUGGUUGUGGCCGGCGCUACGACGGACACCGGUAUGGCCGGCGGCGGCUACGGCACCACGACCGGUGCGUGGACGGCGGUGGACGUGGUUGGACGGCCGCCGCCGCAUGACGGCGAUGCGUGGACUACGCGUGGUGACUAUGAAGAUUUUUUUGUCCGCGAAUAUAUUAUUAUUUAUUUAUUAGAAAAUUCGUUAUCGCACGUGCGACGUAAUAAUAUUGUGGUAGGUACUUAUUGCGAAACCGGUGUUGUGCUGCAGGCACACGCAGCCGGAAAGAAACACGCGCGCGCGAUCGGGCGCACGUGUACUUACUGCAGUGUCGCGUCACAUAACAUUGUCGCGCUAGACCGGUUGUGUUGCUUUCGCCCCGCAGCGGCCGAAAGAAAAUCUCACCGGUAUGACACGAUAUUGGGUGGUUUGCUGUUAUCGUUUGACGGGCGCCGGUUGGUCGGCGUGGCGGGUGGUGGUGGGCGCCAAUUGAUAACGGGUGAUAAUUAG